UAGGAAUAAAGCUUUCCACGUGGGUCAGUUUUUUAGAUCACUGAUCUGUAGUACUUUGGAUGCAGCUAAGCGUUUUAUAUAUGACUUCUUUUUCUUGGCAGUGUUCCUGAGAGCUGCUCCAUGCUGUGCAGCUCUUCCUUCUCAGAAUGUAUUGAGUGUGAUAGUUUAGUGGUGACCCCAGGGAAUGUUUGUAAAUAGUGGGCACUUUGGGACGGGUGUUCUGCUUUGCAGCAGUAUGACGUUUAAUAAAGCCUCAGAAUUAACCACAAUGUGGACUCGUGCACUGCCACCCUGUUCUCGGUUUUCAGUGGCCCCACCCUACUACUUUUGAGCUGAUUUGUUGUAACAAGUAGGCCAAAAAGCUCAUAAAUUUACAUCCUGGAACUAAUGGGCCAGCACCUAAGAUCAUGUACUUGUAGCAGUCUAGCUGUAUCAGGUAAGUGGGCUGUUAAUAUAUGAGGCAGGUUUUUUCAUUUAUUUUCAGUGCUGGGGAUUGAACUCAGCCUGUGCCUGAUAGGCAAGUGCACUACCCAUUGAGCUAAUAUCUGCAGCAGGAGACACAUUAUUUUCAAUUUCAAUUUUGUGUGAAUGUUACAUUUUAUUGUGUGUGUGUGUGUGUGUUGAUUGCUCCAUUUCUAUAUGUUUGUAUGUGUUGUUAAAGUAUUGUUAGUGUUAAAAGUGUGGACUCUGUAAACAAUUCUGUUUUGGAUUAUUUGAAAUAGGAUCUUGGGCAAAAUCAGUGGUAAAAGAGCCUGCUGAUCUACACCUUUGUUCAUAUGCCUGGUGCACAGCAUGCAAGCUGUUGUAGCUAGAGAGUAAUACCUACCUUCCAGUCUCCUUUACAAACUAAACUGUAAGUAGAAUCCGCUGUGAUUAAAAAUAAAGGUUUGGAGUUGUAGCCCCAGAGCCCUUCUCAGGAAAGGAUACAUUCCUGCCUGUUCACUACUACACAGGUCUGGCCUUUUUAGAAGCAUCCGUUACAUACUGUGGUUUGCCCUGGGUAUUUGGCCAGCUUAGGAGCUUCUAAGAACCGGGUGGUGGGACAGAGAUGAACAUCCAUCGUCUGCUAGGUAUCAACAUACUCAGUAGGCUGCUGGAGAGGAGCAGCGAGUUCAAACCUGGAGAUUUCAGAGAAAGGUGGUGAUCCUGAAUAAAUAAAUAAAUAGGCCGAAGGCGUUCUAUUUGAUACGGUGUAAAUUCCUGAUUUCUGAAAGGGGAUUAGUCAGGAUUUGAUCUCUCGGAGAACCUUGGGCUUUAGUCCUAGAGCUGCGGUUGAGAGUUUAAGCACCGGCUUUACAUGAUCCAAUGAGAUCUCGGUCCCAUGGACGACGCACCUUUGGGUAGUGUGGGUUUAAGAGGUUCUCUGGAACAGUGGGGCCUGAUGGUUGGAAAGUGAGCCUUUGUAUCGGGCGCGUCUAGCAAGUUUCCCAUUGUCACCGUGCUAGCAGUGAGACCUUAAACUAUCUACAAACUGGCACCAUAACUUCAGGAAUAAGGGAAGCAAGUCCCUGGCCUCAAGGAACCAUCCAGCAGCUCAGCUGGAGUGUAAAACCCGCCAAAUCACUGGAUGGAAGGCUGGGCAGCCUGGUCGCUCGACGCCCAGGUGCAGCCCUCAGCACUGCAGUCUGCCCCGGUCCCAGAGGCCACCCAAGAUCUGCCAAGGCGGGCGGGGCCCUUGGCAGGCGACCCAGACCGGGGAGAGCUGAGCCCGGGCCCCAGAAGCUCAGUGGCGAAACUCGACGCCUUCUAUUUAAAGGCUUGGGGCUCCCCCGCCCCGCGCGCCGGGAACCCGAGCAGCCCCGCGGCCCGGGCGAAGUGCAGUCAGACGGAGAACACCGGGCGAGGCGCGGGCAGCUCCGACUCCGGCCGGGACAGGCGCGAUGGCGAGCGCUGACAGCAGACACGCCGCGGAGGGCUUCCUCGGCUGGGGUGCGGACGAGGAGGCGGCCCAGGAGCUGGAGACGGAGGAGUCGUCGGAGGGCGAGGAGGAGGAGGAGGAGGCCGAGUCGGAGGAGGAGCCCGACGCCAGGUUGUCAGAGGAGGAUGACGAGGGCAAGACCAGGCAGGAGUGCAUCAUCUCUGAUCCCUCCUUCUCCAUGGUGGCGGUCCAACGGGAAGACAGCGGAAUAACCUGGGAGACCAAUUCCAGCGGAGCUUCUACUCCUUGGGCUUCCGAAGAAAGUCAGACUUCUGGCGUAUGUAGUUUGGAAGGGUCAGCUCUGAAUUCCCCUCCAGGGAAUGUUUCCUUUAUUGUGGAUGAAGUCAAAAAGACGCGGAAAAGAACGCAUAAGUCCAAGCGUGGCUCACCAUCGUUACGUCGGAAAGGCAGCAAAAAACGAAAUUCUCUGGAAUCGCAAGAUGUUCUGGCAAACAAGGAAGAUGGCCCUUUAAUUUCAGAAAGCCCAGUACUCAAUGCUGAGAAAGAGAAGUCACCUAUGGGCACUUACGAUAAAACAAGAAGGAAGAAAACAACGUCAAACACGCCUCCCAUCACCGGGGCAAUAUACAAAGAGCACAAACCACUGGUGUUGAGGCCAGUCUACAUAGGAACGGUACAAUACAAAAUUAAGAUGUUCAAUUCAGUUAAGGAAGAAUUAAUUCCUCUACAAUUUUAUGGGACAUUGCCCAAAGGUUAUGUAAUUAAGGAAAUACAUUACAGGAAAGGAAAAGAUGCAUCCAUUAGUCUAGAGCCGGAUUUGAGCAAUAGUGGUUCUAACAUAGUUUCCCAAAGAAGUAAAGUAGUCGCCCAAAGCCCAGAAGAUGACAGGGUGAGAGAGCUUGCUCCACCCUGGAGAGGUGCCCUCUCCAAAGGGCCAAAGUCCAUGACCUCAUUAUUUAGUCAUGAAGAGCAAAAGGAAGUGUAUGUUGAUUCCCCCUUCAAUGCCAUGUCUGCAACCGAGCACACAUCGUCCUCUUAUUCCAGAAAAGAUACAGCAGACCAAGAACAUCUAAGACCUCCACAGACGGUGCCACAGCAGCCAGCUGACGAAUCAAAGACCCACAGAACAGAGCCACCCAGCACACCAGCAACAACGGUCCUCGAAAAAGCAGAGGAAGAAUUUGAACCAGACUCACCAGGAAUGGAAAGUUCAGAGAACGAGGCUUCGGUGUUCUCAGGCUCAGCUGCUGAUGUCAAACAGGAAGACAUGGUUUCUGUCGACCAUUCCAUGUCACAGGAGGCAGAGGAGUCUUUGCAGACAGGACCACUAAGACUGGCACCAUCCAUCCUAGAAAAGUUUGAGUCAGCCAAGGAAGAGCUAGAGCCGACUUCAAUAGAAAGGACAGAACCAGCCUUUGAACACCUGACCUUGCCUGAGCCCAUAGUCCACAGAGAGGAGGAGCAUGCGCCUGAGCCCAUAGUCCAUAGAGAGGAGGAGCAUGCGCCUGAGCCCAUAGUCCAUAGAGAGGAGGAGCAUGCGCCUGAGCCUGCAGUUCAUAGAGAGGAGGAGCAUGCGCCUGAGCCUGCAGUUCAUAGAGAGGAGGAGCAUGCGCCUGAGCCCAUAGUUCACAGAGAGGAGGAGCAUGCGCCUGAGCCCAUAGUUCAUAGAGAGGAGGAGCAUGCGCCUGAGCCACCUGUCUCCCGAGCCUCACAAGAACUAGAGAAGGGAUUAGAGAUCAUGGAUACCACUGAGCCCGAAGAUUCUAGUCUAGAAGAAGAGAUCAUAGAACUUGAUUACCCAGAAAGUCCGUUAGUUUCUGAGGAGCCUUUCCCAUCACCUUUGUCCCCUGAAGUGCAGCACGGAGAAGAGUCCAUUCUACCGUCUCAGAAGACAUUCACACCUGAACAUGUCUCUUUGUCUGAGGAGGAAAGAGAGGAAAGUGAGUCUGUUUCUACUGAUUCUGCGUUUGCAUCUGAGUAUUCUGUCCCACGGGAUUUGAAUCGUGGACCCGAGAAGCAAGACGCUGGGGCAGUUUCUCUCUCUGAUGUGAAAUCCACCUCUGAACCUGCUGUAUUUUCGGAGGAGGAGGAUGAUGGGCGUGAGGCUUAUAUCCCAGCCGUGGCAUCUGAAUCUGAGCACUCUCUCUCUCCAUCCACCGUUGAGAAGACAUCUGCAUCCCAGUCCCCACUCUUUUCACCAGUCACACCAGACCAUCUGGUCCUGUCUGGAGAUCAGGCCUCAGACAGUAGGCGUCACACACCAGAGUCUGCGCCUGCUACUGAGUAUUCAGGCCCAGAGCAUGCUGCGCAAGAGUUGUUGGCAAGAACGGGUGACCAUAAGCCCCCAUUAAAGUCCCGAGAUGUUUCUGAGCCCAUGAUUACGACAGAAGAAAAGAAAGAAGACGUGGGGCCUCACCCCCCAGUUGUGGAUGCUACCUCUGAAUACUCUCAUUCACCAUGGUUAACUGAGAAGGCUUCUGAGCGCCACUUACCACCACCCCUGGCUGCCACACUGAGACAUGCAGUUGUAUCAGAAGAUGAGCAUCUAGAAAGUGAACAUUUCACGUCAGAUUCAAAACUGACACCUAAAUCCUCAACUCCACAAAAUGUAACACAGGAAUCCCCCCAAAAAACAAUUGAUGACAUGCCCCAAUUCAAACCAAAAGGCAUUCCUCAGCCCGUGACCCUGUUAGAAGAAGAAAAGGGAGAUGUGCGGCCGUCUUCACCGGAUGUGGUGUCUGCAUCUCAACACGCUGUCCCACCACACGCAGCCGAGAUGCUUUCUGAAUGUCAGGUCCCACUUCCUUCAGCCGCCUCAUCUGAGCAUGUGGUCCUACCAGACGGAGGGACCGUAGCAGGCCAGCGGUACUCACUUCCCUCCACAUCUGCUUCUGAACUCUCAGUACCAACACCAUCAGUAACACCAGAGUCCCAGGAGGAAGAGAUUGUCCACACAUCAUCCCCUCUGCUUCUAAAAGGUGCCGCCUCACCCACAAAUCUAUCAGAGCAAGAGCAGGAAGAGGGAGACAUCGGGCCCUUCUCCCCUGAUUCUGCCUUUGUGUCAGAAUUCUCGUUCUCACCUUAUCCAACUCAGGAAAUAGAGAAAAGAGAGCUGGGUCGUGAUUCUCCACUGUGCUUGACAUCACCAUCUGAACAUACUGUUUUGUCAGAUGAAGACACGGAAGAGGCGGAGCUUUUUUCUCCGGAUUCAGCAUCACAAGUAUCAAUCCCACCAUACAGAAUUCCAGAAACAGAGCACAACGAGGCCCAGCCAGACUCGUCACUAACUACGAGGUCUGCUCCAGAAUACCCCUACUUCUCAGAAGCAGAUGGAGAAGAGUCAGAAUCAUCAGUGCUCACACCUGUUCCCGAGCAUUUUGACCCAGCACAGGAGCAAAAGGCCAGGCCCUUCCCUUUCAUGCCUGUAUCCGAAGACCUGAGUCUGCCACCUUCAGCAAAUCAAACAGGCCAAGCAGAAAUUAUGCCAGAUGCUCCAACAAUCUCAACAUCUGUAUCCGAAUAUCUCAUCCUGGCCCAGCAGCAGAAAACUCAAACAUCACUGGAGCCCGAGGCUGGAGGUUUGGUACCACCACCUUUAACCAGUGACCAGGAGGAGGGAGAUGCUAAGGGCCGCUCAGCAGCAGCUUCGACAGUUGCUUCUUCAUCUGCCCUGUCCCCAGCGGGAAAGGAAGAAGCCGAACCCAUUUUGCCCACAUCUCGGUCCUCACUUCCAUCUGAGUCAGCCUGCGUCCUUAAGACAGACCAGGAACCCAGAGCAUCACUCUCUCUAAAAUCUGCCCACGAGCAGAUGGCUUUGCCAAAAGUCAGAAGGGAAGAAACUGUGCCGGAUUCUCAAGGAGCGGCAGCACGCGCAUCACAGGAUCAGACACCAGAGCCUCAGCCCCCGAAUGUUCCAGGGUCUGGGAUGAAAUACUCAGUUUUGUCUGACUCGGCACAGGAACCAAAGGCGGAUGUCAAACCCGAUUUAGCUCCAACUGUGACUUCUGAACUAGAACAUAGAAUGUUGUCAAAGAAUGAGCCUGAAGUGGCAAAACCGCGUUCACCUCCAGAGGAAACAUCUAUUUCUGGAUGUGAGGUUUUAUCUGGAGUGAAAACGGAAGGGAAGCGGGACUCCAAAAUAGCCAGGGGACUUCCUGCAGCUUCGGCGGGGAUGGAAAGGGAGGCUGAACAUGGUCCACCCGCACCGCCAGCAUGUACACCUUUGUCAGAAGAAAUGCAGAAAGAAACCGAAGCCAGCUUUUCUGCCACCACGGUGCCAGUAACUAAGCUUGAUUCGAACUUAACUGAGUUAGGCAGAGACGAAAGCCUGACAGAUUCAUCUCUCACCAGCCCCGAGGGACACCCCGGCUUAAAGCGGGUAGGGAAGAGCGAAUUACGAAGAAGCUCGCCACCACUCAUCACCUCCAGAGGCGAGCACUCAGUCCUCAUAGGGGAAGAGAAAGAACCAAUUAGAGGGCUCGCCGACAGCUCUUCGUCUGGAGGUUCAGCUUGGCCGGGAGCAGAGAAAGAAACGAAGUUAGAUUCAUCUCCGAGUCUGUCAUCUCCAUCGCAGCGUUCUACUGGGUCAAAAGUAGAAACUGAAGGCGUUAAACCUGGUUUGUCCAUUUCCAAAGUGCAGGCAGAUGUGUCUGGGGGAGCCAGGGCAGAAGACAAACAAGGCCUUUCAUUCCCUGCAGUUCUCGAUUCUGAACGCUCAGUUUCAUCACAGAAAAAGAACUUGGUGUCUGUCUCAGAGAUGUCAAGGCCUCAACCCAAACCUCCCGUCGACUUAGGUGGUGAGGUAAAGAAAGAAGACAGUGAGCUUCCUCCCCCACAAGUGUCACCUGCACCCAAACACACAGUUCCAAAUGACAAACCUGAGGAGAUAAUAAGGUCUCUUGAGUCUGAAAAUUUAGUGUCAGACAACUUAGCCCCAACGUUACUGGCUCUCAGGGAGGAGAUAAACAGAGAAGCAGAGGAGACAUCUUCUUCGGAGCCGGGGGCUUUCCUGUCAGGAAAGCAAGAUCUCGUGAAGCUCCCCCUGGAGCCUGAGGAGACACACAAACAAUUAUCAGAAGCACCAGCUGCUGGGUCAGAACUCAUUGGUGGUAGAGGUAGAAGUGAAUUCUUAGGUAUAGACCCAUUAAAACCAUUUGUAACUGAGCCAGCAUCUUCUGUCUUGGAAAUGGGCCCCACCAAGCUUAGGAGCAGAGGAAAAGAACAAGAGGAAAAGAGGGAAUUUCCUGUGCCAGCCACAUCUCCAUUAGAGACUGCUUCUUCUGACCUCCCUGUAGGGCAAAGGGAGCUCGAAAAAACCCUUCACGAGGGGCAAGCUGUUAAGGUGCCUGAUGUGAGCAGCUCUUUCGCAGAUAAACCAGAUCUGGCUAGUCAACAUGUCUCAGAUAGGAAAGAGAAUUUGGAGCAAUCCAAAUCGUUUAUGACAACUGAGUCUGCCGAUGUUACAGGAACAAAAGAGAAGGAGACUCUCUUUUCUCCAAAGGAUAACACCUGGAUUCUGGAAAAGCCAGAGGACUUGGCCAAUCAGCAUGAAGAUAGAAAACCAGGAUCUCAGCAGCUGGAGUCCCCUGACAGCAAUGAGCUGAUGCCAGAGAAACUCAAGGCUGCUCCAUUGGAUACAGACCACAUAUCUGGAAUCAGAAAGCAGGUUCUACCACAAGCUGUGGAAGAACCCCAUUUGCCAUUGCAAGAACAAGUAUCUACCCUUCAUGUACCUAGUGGCAGGAUAGAAACCUCACCCGCUAAGACUUCCCUUUCUGAAGAAAUAAAGAUGCCUCAGGAACCACAGCCCGUGGUUCCAGCUGGAAAGGUGGAGCGAGGCAGAGCAGAGGAGAGGCAGAUCAAUUCUUUCACAGAGAGUGAAAAUUCGAUACCAGAGAAAACGAAUACAGAAUUUCCCAGGCCUUGCGAAGAAGAAACCCAGGAGGAAAUCAAACUACCUCUUGAAAGAACUCUCCAGAAAUCAGAGCCUGGCCCAUCGGCGGAACAGGUAAAGGCAGAAGCUGCCCCCAUUCCUGCCAGAGCAGCACGUCUCCUGGCCGAAGUUGCAGAACCCACACUGGACAAUGACCAGGAAGCAAGCACAGUGCCGGUGUCUGGUGAAAAGCCACCUCAAGAACCAGAACGGGUUCCGUCAAAGGCUGUAGAUGAUGCCCAUGAACGGAGAAAACCAGCCUCCAACGUGAAAGUGUCCAUCCAAAGUAAAUCUGUCCCUGCAGUCAAAGCUGAUGUCACACCUCAAGCCCCAGAGACACCGGAGUUGGCACAAGGGCCAUCUGAGAAGUCAUCAGUGGCUGAGCAAGGCCUUCCUGCAGAGAAGGGGAAGAGAGGAAUUUCAUCCUUCAAAUCAUGGAUGUCUAACUUAUUGUUUGGAUCAAGCACUCCAGAUAAUAAAGUCAGUGACAAGGAAGAAGACUUAGAAACCCAGCCAAGUCCCUCUGUAGAGAAAGCAGCCACAGCCGUAGAGCCUAAAGGUGCAGUUCCUGCUGAGGUUAAUGCAGUUAAACUGGCUGAAGAACUCAAGGGUGUGUCAGUUAAAUCCAGAGAAAGUCCAGACCUUAAAGAAAAACUCACAUUUUUAUCAAAUGUGGAAGUUUUAAACCAGCCUGAAUCCAACUCUGAAAAUUAUGGGGAGAAAGAAUCUCAAGGCUAUUUGGAGGGAACAGGGGUAAGCUCAGCUACGCCAGCCGGUGGCAAACAUCUUGGAAUUCAACCUCGUUCUCCCAUGGGUGAGAAACUGGCCAUGGAAGAAACCCCAAACAGUGUUCCUUCCCAUGUUACCCAGAGCCAAAGACACCAGAAACCACAAAUCUCUCCUCCAUCUUCGUGGAGGAUUUCUGCUCUUCAGGAAGAACCGAGCGGUGAUCACAAAGAAACAUUGAUCUUGUCACCGGACGUAGUAGACAAAAUGCCACAACAGCCCAAGUCAGCUCCAUCCGACUUCACAAGGACGGAGGAACCCGAGAAGCCAGCACCAGUGAUUUUGCCAGUAGAAUCAAAAGGCGGUUUAAUUGAUCUUGGUGGAGACAGACUAAGAAAAGAAAUGCCAAAACCCACUUCUUUGGAACACCGUGAAGAGGAAGUCAAACUCCCAACAGAGAAGGAUAGCUGGGAAAUUAGAUCGUUUUCCCUGGCAGAGAAGAGGGAGCUGGCAGAGAAACAAGAAAUCAUGGCUCCCUCGGAGCUUAGGGAAAAUAAGGCGGCAGGAAAGUUGCAAAUGACGCCGGAAUCUCGACCUUUCAAGUUGGAAGAAUCAAAAGCCGCUGAGAAGCUGGAACAGCGCAUCUCUCCAAGUGAAGAGCUCAUGGAAAAACCCAGGGUGACUCUUGCUUUGGAGGAGAGGAAAGAAAAGGAAGAACAGGCAUGGGCGUCUUCAGAAGGAAAGAAGCAGGGACGUGGACCCUACUCUCCAACUGCAGCCAUGGCUGCGCCUGGAGCAUCGGCUGGCUCUUUGAGUGGAGCCCAACCACCUUCAUUGGUUAAACCACCACCCAUUGUUGAACAACCAGAACACAUAUUCACAGAGGUAUACCCAGAAAUUAGGGAGAGAAAGGCAGCAGAAACCCAACUACAUGCCCUGGAAGAGAGUAAAACUUCAGUAGAAAAAAACAAGUCUUCCCGUGUGGAGCCUCCCCAUGGGGAGAAAAUGGUUGGCCCUUCUUUGACUCAGGGAGGAAAUCUGGAGUUGGAGAAAUCAAGUGAGAAUAGAGUGAGUCUCAACGAGGAAAGGGGGCAGUUCGUAAUGCCAGAGUUGUCCUUUGGUGCUUUAGUGGCUGCUGCGGAUGAGAGUAUGCAGUCAAGAUCUCUAUCUAAGGAUGCUGAAAGGACAUCACAGCACACUCCUGAUGAAACAGAGCAUUUGGGAAGACCGCCCACUCAGCUGUCAUCUGUAGAACCACAAACUCUUGUUUCAGGAACUUCUCUAGAACAUACAGUGAAGAAACCUGAAACAUGGUUGGAGAGGCCUACAGUCCACACUAUCCAGACGUCUAAAGAUCACUUGACCAGGAUGCCGAAACAGUCUACUCUUGUUUCAAAGAGUCACUCGGAAACUGUGGAGGAGAUGCACAGAAAUGAACCACUCUCUUCAGCAGCAAGCAACUAUACUCAGUUUAUGCUUAAUGCGUCAGCAAUCAGUGCUGAUGGAACGGCUGCUAUGAGAGGCACAUCUCAGGAGCUCGGACGCACCUCCGUGAAAGAUGAAGAAUUUGCAAUAACCAGCAAGCCAGCUGGACUUUCAGAGGACCAGAAGAGUGCCUUCAGCAUCAUUUCUGAAGGGUGUGAGAUACUGAAUAUCCAUGCCCCUGCCUUCAUCCCUUCUGUGGACCAGGAAGAAAGUGAACAAAUGCAAGAUAAGUUACAGUAUUUGGAGGAGAAAGCCUCAUUUAAAACUAUAGCCCUGCAUGAUGAGAGUGAGGGAGUUGCCUCCCAAAAAGCACGGAAGGACAAGUUAGAAGAUCCUGGUAGGAAAGGCACAUCACUCACAGGAAGCGAGCCAAAGGAAACUCAGAAGACAAAAGAGGAGAUAGCCACCGAGUCAGAAACAGGGAACUUCACUUUUAUUCAACCCACAGUUUCUAGUGAAGAGGAGGAUUAUUUUGAAAAAUACACUUUGAUUGAUUAUAACCUUUCCCCAGACUCAGAAAAACAGAAAUUAACUCUUGAGGGAUUCCCAAAGGAAGCCAUGGAAGCAACGACUUCUUUCCCAGAAAGUUCAGAUGAAGGCGUCCUGGAACCCGAAUAUGACUUGGUAAAGUUAGAUGAGAGCUUUUACGGUCCAGCAAAAGACUACAGCGAAUUAUCUCACACAGAGAUGCAAAAGUCUUCGGUCAUCCAAAAACCAGAUGAUGAAAAUGUGUCAAAGGGUAUCAGUCGAGGGGUGGAUUCCAGAUCACCUGGGAUGCCUUUGUUUGAUGUGGAGGAAGGAGUUCUAUCAAGGAGUCAGAUCUUUCCCACCACCGCCAAGGCUGUUAACCCUGAGCUUCUUGAGGAACCGCCUGCACUUGCGUUUUUAUAUAAGGAUCUGUAUGAAGAGGCGUUUGGGGAGAAAGAGAAAGGGGAGACAGCUUCUGAAGGUGACAGUGUGGAUUCUGAGGCGUCAUUUCCAAGGCGACAUUCUGACACUGAGGAUGGAACAGGUAUGUAUUUUGAGAAGUAUAUACUCAAAGAUGACAUUCUUCACGACACAUCUGUAACUCAAGAGGAUCAAGGCCAAGGCCCGGAAGAAAAGCCAGUUGGUGAGGAUGAUUCGCAUCAACCGAGAGUUGCAGAAAGGGAAAUUGGGAGAAAGCCUGAAACUAGUUUUUGGGAGAAGAAUCUGGAAGAGCAGCACAAGGCUGUUGACAGGGAAGGAGACUCUGUAGGCCACAUGGAGCUCUGUGAUGGGGUAGCGGUGCAGCAGAAAGCUCCGGUUCCAGAGGAAGUCAGAGUGGUCACCCAGAAGAUGAGCUACGCAGUUCCGUUUGAAGACACCAGCCGUGUUCUGGAGAGUGGAGAUGAACCAAACAGCCAGGGUAGCGAAGCAGGAAAUGCCAGUCCAGAGGUCCAUCUGAAUGUCCCAGUACAAGUGUCUUUCCCAGAGGAAGAAUUUGCAGCUGGUGCCACUUACGCUCCAGAAAUGCCACAAGAGGAGCUCGUCCUAUCUGAGCCACAUGAAGAGAGGUUCCACAAUAUCCCUGUACAGGAUGAGUAUGAGUUUGUUGACUCUCUGGCCAGUCGAGGCAUCUUCCCAGAAGAACCACAUUCAGAAUCCACACCCGAAGAUGUGUUAUCUCAAGGAACAGAAUCCUCCGAGCACAUCAAGGAACAUGAACUCAUGAAUGAGGAGGAGCCAAGUAUGUCUGCCGAACAGAAGGAGCUGGACGGAAGGAGGACAGAAGACGACUGGACUGCCCCGGAGCCGGUUACAGAGAAGACACAGAGGGAACGGAGAAAGGCCCAGGUUGACUCUUACUGCUACACCUGCAAAAGCCCAGUCUCUGAAAUGGACAAGGUGUUGGACGUUCACAAAGACCAUGAGGUUUCGGCACUUGACACAGCUAUCAGUGCUGUGAAGGUUCAAUUAGGGGAAUUUCUUGAAAACCUACAAGAAAAAUCCUUGAGGAUUGAAGCUUUUGUUAGUGAGAUUGAAUCCUUUUUUAAUACCAUCGAGGAGAACUGCAGCAAAAAUGAGAAGCGGCUGGAAGAGCAGAAUGAGGAGAUGAUGAGGAAGGUUUUGGCGCAGUACGAUGAGAAAGCCCAGAGCUUCGAGGAAGUGAAGAAGAAGAAGAUGGAGUUCCUGCACGACCAGAUGGUCCACUUUCUGCAGAGCAUGGACACAGCCAAGGACACCUUGGAGACCAUAGUGAGAGAAGCUGAGGAGCUGGACGAGACCGUGUUCCUGGCUUCAUUUGAGGAAAUCAAUGAAAGGCUGCUUUCCGCCAUGGAUAGCACAGCCUCCUUAGAGAACAUGCCGGCCGCCUUCUCGCUUUUUGAGCACUAUGACGAUAGCUCGGCGCGAAGUGACCAGAUGUUGAAACAAGUGGCUGUUCCACAGCCUCCCAGACUAGAACCCCAGGAACCCAAUUCUGCCACCGGCACAACGAUUGCGGUGUACUGGAGCAUGAACAAGGAGGACGUUGUGGACUCAUUCCAGGUGUACUGUGUGGAAGAGCCCCAAGAUGACCAGGAAGUAAAUGAAUUGGUAGAAGAAUACAGACUGACUGUGAAAGAAAGUUGCUGCAUUUUUGAAGACUUAGAACCUGACCGAUGCUAUCAAGUGUGGGUGAUGGCCAUCAACUUCACUGGAUGUAGCCUGCCCAGUGAAAGAGCAAUUUUUAGAACAGCACCUUCCACACCCGUGAUUCAUGCAGAAGACUGCACUGUGUGCUGGAAUACGGCCACUGUCAGAUGGCGGCCUGCUAACCCCGAGGCCACAGAGACCUACACUCUGGAGUAUUGCAGACAACACUCUCCUGAGGGCGAGGGUCUGAGAUCUUUCUCUGGAAUUAAAGGACUCCAGCUGAAAGUUAACCUCCAACCCAACGACAAUUACUUCUUCUAUGUGAGAGCCAUCAACGCGUUCGGGACAAGCGAGCAGAGCGAAGCCGCCCUCAUCUCCACCAGAGGAACUAGAUUUCUCUUGUUGAGAGAAACAGCCCACCCAGCUCUCCAGAUCUCCUCAAAUGGGACGGUGAUCAGCUUCUCUGAGAGGAGACGGCUGACAGAGAUCCCCUCCGUGCUGGGGGAGGAGCUGCCUGCCUGUGGCCAGCAUUACUGGGAAACCACAGUCACAGACUGUCCGGCUUAUCGACUCGGCAUCUGCUCCAGCUCAGCUGUGAGGGCUGGUGCCCUGGGACAAGGGGAGACCUCGUGGUACAUGCAUUGCUCUGAGCCACAGAGGUACACGUUUUUCUAUAGUGGCAUUGUAAGCGAGGUACACGCGACUGAGCGUCCCGCCAGAGUGGGCAUUCUGCUGGACUACACCAACCAGAGACUUCUAUUUAUAAACGCUGAGAGCGGACAGCUGCUCUUCACCGUGAGGCAUCGAUUCAGCGAAGGCGUCCAUCCUGCCUUCGCCCUGGAGAAGCCUGGGAAAUGUACCCUGCAUCUGGGCGUAGAGCCCCCAGAUUCUGUCAGGCAUAAGUGAUCCUGAGCGUUCAGAGUUUAUGAGAGUAAGAAUUCAAGUUUGGGGUGGAGAGCUGUUGUUCUCUCUCUCCCAGAUAGUCUCCCACACACUUGCACUCACAAUAGCUGAGGGUGGUUCGGUCGGCAUGUGAGGAAAGCCAGGGACACCAUCUGUGAGUGAUAGGCUGCAAACGCAGCCUCCGCCCUUCCGUUCAGAGUUGGAGUUGUUUCCUAAAUUCAAAGGAGUCAUACUCGACCCAGGAACCAAACCCAGAGAAAUGGAUUCCUGCCUGCUUUAUCGGUCAAACAAAUCCCCCUCAGCCAGAUCAGAGAGGAGGGAAGGUUUUGUUAGUGGCACGGCACGUCUCCUCUGACAAAGAGACGUAGAUUUCUCCCACAAGAAGAUGUCACCUCACUUCACUAAAGGAUAAUGAAUCCUAGUCAUUAGAGAAAAUGUUUUAGCUGAUCUAAAUUUACAAUUAAUUCUUUUAUGAUCAUGUAUGCUGUAGAAUAUAAGCCCAACUUCUCUGAAAAUUCAAAUGUAGAAAAAUACUAGAUAUUAGAGCUUUCCAUUUUGUUAAAUAAAUGUCUAGAAUCUUAUAAAAUAAAACCUAUUGCAUGAACUUAUUGCACGUAACUUAGCCCAGCCUUUCUGGACCAGGACGCAGUGGAGAGAAGAUGCCCGUCACAAGCAAGCAAGGGGGUAGCGCUAAUAUUGAUUCUCAUUAGACAGUUUUGCACAGAGACUUUUUUUAAAAUAAAAAUGCUCUCAGUCCAUAGAGCCUGAACAGUUGUUCACAGAGUCA